CUGUGCGCGAGGAAGGAGGAAAAAAAAAAAAGAGAGAGAGAUGAACGGGUCCUUUAAAAAUGACCUGGAGAAGCCGGGGGCGAAUUAGUCAGCCUCAGGGGCCGGGGUGUGCGCACGCGUAAGGCUAUACCGCAGGGGCAGGGUUUCUCUUAUAGAGAUACAGAGAUAUGAAAUUGUAAGAGUGGAGCUCAAAGAAAGGAGAGAAGAAGAAGAGGCUUCUUCGGUGGACAUGUCUCCCGUCAGUGAGGAGCUGGGAGCCGGGGACGCCUCCUCCUCCUCCUCCGCCGCCACAACUGCGCCUUUACCGGUCCUCGACGAAGAAGGCAAGCCGGAGAACGGGGAAUGGCACCCGCCCGCCAAUGGAAUAGGAGCUGCCUUGGAGGCUGAGGAGAGCGCUGCUUCUGAGGGAGAGAAGGAGGAGGAGGAGGAGAAGAAACUGGAGGAGGAGAAGGAGAAGGGGGAGCUCUUGCAGCCGCCGCUUCCUCUUCCUCCUCCUCCGGCUCCGGGGCCCGUUCCAGGCCAAGAGGAACCCGAGGCUUUCGAGCCCCCCGAGGGCGGCUGGGGCUGGGUGGUCAUGCUGGCCUCCAUGUGGUGCAACGGGACCGUCUUCGGCAUCCAGAACUCCUGCGGGAUCCUCUUCAAGUCCAUGCUCAAGGAAUUCGGGGACCCCAACGACAAGGAGCUCCUCUUCAGGGCAGCACUGGUGAAUUCCCUUUCAAUGGGAAUGAUCUUCUUCUGUUCCCCCAUAGUCAGUAUCUUUACCAACAUAUUUGGCUGCCGAAAGGUAGCUGUUGGUGGAGCAACAGUGGCUUUAAUUGGGCUCCUUUCAAGCUCAUUUGCAAGGUCACUUGGGCCUCUUUAUUUCACACAUGGAAUUUUAUUUGGCUGUGGCUGCUCAUUUACGUAUCAGCCAUCCUUGGUGAUCUUGGGACAUUAUUUCAAGAAGCGCCUGGGCCUGGUGAAUGGAAUUGUCACUGCUGGCAGUAGCUUGUUUACAGUAACAUUGCCUUUUCUGUUAAAUGUGCUGACUGCCAAAGUUGGCCUGUAUAACACUUUCCGGGUCCUGUGCAUUUUUGUAUUUGUUCUUUUCCUGGCUGGCUUUACUUACAAGCCCCUCAUUCCUAGUGCCAAAAAAAGUGGAGAAAAAGACAAGUUCAGUUUUCCACCUGUAAAAACAAUUUUCCAUUUUUCCAUUUUCAAAAUAACAAGUUAUCGAAUCUGGGCUUUUGGAAUUCCAGCUGCCUUAUUUGGAUAUUUCAUACCUUAUGUUCAUUUACUGAAUCAUGUGGAAGAACGUAUUGGUAAAGGUGUGCAAGAAGAAACACUUUUGCUUUGCCUUGGCAUUACUUCAGGAGUUGGACGAUUGCUCUUUGGCAGAAUAGCAGAUUAUAUUCCUGGUGCAAAAAAGGUUUAUCUACAGGUUAUUUCAUUUUUCUUCAUUGGCCUGAUGUCUAUGAUGAUUCCCUUAUGCUAUACCUUUGGAGGCCUCAUCGCUGUCUGCCUCUUUAUGGGUCUUUUUGAUGGUUGCUUCAUUAGCAUCAUGGCACCCAUUGCCUUUGAGCUCGUUGGCGCACAGUAUGUUUCUCAGGCAAUUGGAUUCCUCUUGGGCUUUAUGUCUGUACCAAUGACAGUUGGUCCACCUAUUGCAGGAAAACUACGUGAUCAUCUAGGUGAUUACAAUGUGGCCUUCUACCUAGCAGGAGUUCCCCCUAUUGUUGGAGGAAUUGUGUUGUGUUUCAUCCCAUGGGUGCAUGAAAAAGAAAAAUCCAAAGAACAAGCAAGUCCUGUGGAUGGGGAAACUAUGGAGAAAAUGCUGGAAAUCAAAAGUACCUCGGAACUGGACACAUCUGUGAAACCUGGCAAAGAAUCAGAGUCCGUUAUUUAAUUAUUGAUUUUUUUCUACCAGAUUGAAUUUAUUUUUAUAAAAACUAGGUUAGGGUUCUGUUUUUGAACUGAAUGUACCACAUGAUUGUCCUUCAAAGCAAAGCCACCACAAGAACUAUCUGAGUUGUGAUACAGAUUAAAACAAAAUUGCUAGCAGCAAAGAACGCUUUUAAUUUUUGUUUGGAUCCAGUUUCCAGCUGCAUUUACACAUAAAACAUGGCUUUAUACAGCAUAUGUACUGGUGAGUGUGUAAGUAGAACUCAAAAACUUUUUUUAAAAAAACACAGACACAUAAUGCAUUUCUGGAACUGAAGAAUUGUGCCUCUUAUUAAUUGAUCUUUUCAGAAUGCCUUCAGUAAUUUUAAAAUCCGUCCAAUGGAAUUAUCCUUCUGGAAAUUUUAUUGCAUUAGCACAUUUUAAACUUGAUCCUUUGAAGGUUUUGUGAUGUCUAUCUCUGGAUUCAUUGCUUUUUAGAUUCUCUUAAACCAAAUCCUAUGCAGAGUUAGACAUACUAAAGCCUAUUGCUUUCAGUGGGAGGAAGAAUGUGUAUUGCUGUACAUAGCUACAGCUUAAAUGUCUGCAACAAAUUGUUGCUGGAGGAUGAAUCUAUGAAAUAUAUUUUUAAUAAGUACUUUUGCAUGUUUGUUAGUCUUUGGUUGCUUAAUUUUGCAGCGGGGCCCUUACCGCAUUCUGCAGUAGGGUUUUUAUUGCCUUGCAUUAGGGUAGCAUUGUGAUGAUUCAUAAUUUAAAAAUUUAAAUGAACUGUUAUCAUAACACCAAGUAAUUUCUGAAUGUAUGGAGAGACAUAAAUGAAAGAAAUUCCUACUUUUCUUAUGCCAUCAUUAAUGCUUAGGGAUUAUAAUCCAAGUAAUUUGUUGUUGUGGGGAUUCUAGUAACAUUAAAAUCUUUUAUUAACAGCUACAGUAAUGUAAUUUUUUUCAAUGAUAGCUUUGACCCAAAGUGCAGUAAAUUUGCUGGUGAUUUCUUUCAUCUUUUAAAAUUUUCAAAUCAGAAGGCAUGAUACAUAGAGUAGUACUAAAAUUAUUAUUGUUUGAAACCUGUCAUGCCUUAUUCUCUUCUUGCAUUAACACAGAUACUGGGUUCAGUGAGCCCACAAGGACAUUUUUGUAGAUCCCAGGACCUCACAAAUUAUUUGGGGGAAAAAUCCAUCCAAGUGCCUCCCAAUGAUUUCUGGAUAGUAUAGGAUAGUUCUGCCACGUUAUAAUUCUGCCACAUUUUGUCCACUGGUUCAGAUCCAGGCUAGACCCACAAAACCUGCGGGAAUUCCCCCUCAAAAAAAAAUUAAGAGUAACAGAAGGUUGGGUCGCAGUCAUUCAUGAUGACCUAGUGGUUACUAUGACCUUUUAAUGACAGAUAUUUGACCACUGCUAUUUUAUAUGAAGAGACAAGACUCUCUUCUUUGGUGCAUAACAGAAGAUCUGAGGAAGAGAAAUGGAAUCAGGAUAGAAGUUGAGACAACAUGGCAACAUAAUAUUUCACUCAUGAUUCAAACUACAAGUGGCACCAUGCUGAAUAUUCUGGACUCUUCCUCCCAUGAUGCUUUCCUUCCAUUCCUUGCUAUUAUCUUCUAUUUAGUCUACUCUUUCUCAUGUCUACACACCCUAGUGCUUGUAGAGAAGAAACGGCAGUUGGUUGAUUCUAGAAAGUAAUUUGAGCUCUAGUUUAGUUUGAAUUGUCUAAAACUAUUUGCCAAACUCAAAUAUUUCUCAUUUUACCACUUGAAUACUCAGUUUAUCGUAUAUACAUUUGCUUGGAAAAACGCUAUCUUGAGUGCUUGGCAAGGACUUCGAAGUGCAUGCCGUGAUGGUAAAAGUCUUGAUAUUGAAGGAUGGCAGAUGGGGGAAUUUGCUUCCAUCUGACUCUGACUUCCUAGCACUGAUAGCUGUUAUGCUGGCCUGACUGGAGAAUUCAGGAGGUAGAGUAUCCUGCCCUAAAUGGCACAAGCAAAUAGCAAUCUCUCUUUCAGAGUUGUUUUAUUGAGGCAACCAUAUAGUUGUUUUUAUGUACCUUCAAGUUCUUUCUGAUUUAUGGCAAUCCUAAGGUUAACCUAUAGGAGUAAAAAAAUAGGGCAGAGAAACUUGCAACAGCUGUUUUCACUUUAUUAUUAGAGAAAAAUACAUUGAAAAAGAAGUCCAUUGCAGCAUAGUGACUCAGUCUUCCUUGGAGUGAGUAGUAGCCACAAAUGACCCCUCCCCUUGUUCUUUUUUAUAUUCUGAAUAUGUUUUGGGGUUGAUUUAUCUCAGAACUUUAGAGCUUUCAGCUAUUGACUGCUCAAUCACAAAAUCCUAAAGUUCGAAGAGCUCCCAAUGCAAUUGACAGGGCAGGAGUCCAAAGUACAGCAUUUCUUUGAAGAAACCAUUUGGCAUGUGAACUUCCCUGGAACAUGAGGCAUGCACCAGGGAAGUCCUUUGAUUGAUCUUGUUAUACAUGAUAUUGACAGAAGACUGUAACUUUUCAAAUCAUGCUAAUGAUUGUUUCUGAAUUUCAGUGAACUUUGAAUUUAUUAGGGAGCCCCCAGUGGCACAGCGGAUUAAACCACUGAGCUGUUGAACUUACUGACCGAAUGGUCGGCGGUUCGAAUUUGGGAAGCGGGGUAAGCUCCCGCUAUUAGCUCCAGUUUCUGCUAACCUAGCAGUUCGAAAACAUGCAAAUGUGAGAUCAAUAGGUACCACUCCGGUGGGAAGGUAAUGACGCUCCAUGCAGUCAUGCUGGCCACAUGACCUUGGAGGCAUCUACAGACAAUGCCAGCUUUUCAUUUUAAAAAUGGAGAUGAGCACCAACCCCCAGAGUCAUUAACCCCCAGAGUUAAUGUCAGGGAAAACCUUUAUUUUUACCUGAAUUUAUUAACUCCAGGUCUUCAUGUGUAAACACAAUGGCUGAACUACUGUUGGGCACUCAACUAUUUUAAGUAAAAACAAUCAUGCAUGUGGUUCUGGUUUCUCAGAGCCUGCAUUAGUGUGGUUGCUCAAAGAGCCAAUCACUCCAUAGGCAUGCAAAGUGUCUACUCCCUCCUUUUUGACUUGGUGGAUAGGCAGCUAUUUUAGCAUUGCCAGUGGGGCAACUCAAGUCCUUGGCACCUACUCCACAAAUAGUAUGCCACAACAAUGGUGCAUAUAUUUAUGCUGUGCUAAAAGAGGAUGCAAGUUUGGCUUAUGUAAAUUUCAAAAUUUGCAAGCAUAAUUACAAAUGCAGAAUGGCAUGGAGGAAAUUAAGUGGUUGCAUAUUAAAUGUGAGCUUAACAUUAUCAUACUCCUGGGAUGGAAGAUCUUGCCCUCAACUUUUGGCAACUCCAUUUGCUGAAAAGAGCAAGUAAUCUGAAUAAUUACUGAUUACCUCAAAGAUAACAUUCUAAAAGGUGUUGAUCCUUUACCCCUUGGAAACACACACGUUUUCUGUUUAAUAAGUUUUGGUAUAUCCUAAGUUGAUCCAAUAGGGAAAAAUGCCAUGUUUUGGAAUGAACAUAUCAACACUAUUUUUAGCAUUAAGAACUCAUGGUGGGGAUUUUCUGUCUGCUACAUAAUCUCCAUAGUUGUGUCUCCCAGCCCAACCUCCCCAGUCCUGAUUUAUUGGGCAGCAGGUGCUGCAAUCUCAGGACUCAGCUGAAUGACAAUCCCUCCACUCCCCUCCUAUGAGGAAUCACCAUUUUGACAGAAACAGGGUUCCUGUCACAAUCCCGCCUUAGCAUUGAAGCUGCUUCCUGAUUGACAAGUGAAACAGACCCCUGUCAAUUGGACAUAAACAAGGAUUGGGGGCUUUCACAAUCUCUACAUAUUCUUUACAGCAGUAGUUCUAUCACAACUAACUCAUAUUCAUACAUCCCUACAUAUUCCCUGCUUGAAAGAAUAUGUGGGGGUUGUGUAAGUCCCCCAAUACCCAUUUAUAAGUAACUGCUUGUAAUACAUUAUUGCCUUAGUGAAUUCCAGCCAAUAUUUUUAAUCAAUUCUUUGUGCAAUCAAUCACAGGGGUAUAUGUCCUGUUGACUUAAAAGUGUCUGUAUUGUUUCUAUUGUCUUAAGCUUAUAUUCAUUUUAAGUGCUGGUGCUAAAGUUCACUUUCACGUAUCAACUUUGAAUGCAAAUGUAUACUGUGACAUUAAAAAGAAUGUAAAUAUAUUAUACUUGGUCCACCUUGAUAAUAAAUGAAACUCAGAAAUCUGAGCAAUACAAUGUAGAAGCAAAAUGUACUUUCUGCAUAGUUAAAUUCAAGGGAGUUUGUUGCUUGUUUAUGAGCUGAAAUACGUCUCAAAGUGAGAUUAGUUAAGUACAUCAUUUUACAUUUCUCCUUAUCACUGGAAUGUAAUCUGUUGCACAUAAUGAUCUGCAAAGGGCGAAGUAAUAAUUCUUAGAUGAAUAACCUUCACUCCUCAUACUUUCCUGGACCCAUCUUCCCUAGUAAUGUUGUAAACUGUUUUCAUUGUGACUUUAUUUCUAUUUGUAUACCCAUCUGAAAUGUAAUCAUUUAAAUGUAAUUAUUCACCUUUUUUCAAAAGUAAAAAAUGUUCACUUAUGCCAUUUCAUCAAACUGUAAAAAAUAUAAAAGAUAUAUUCUACCUG